CAACACACUACUUACUCGCACUGUAAGCCAUAUUUGUCAGUGGUUUGUUGGUUCCGCUGAACGUUGUCUGUUUUUCUGGCUAGCUCGGGCCUGUAAAUACUCUGAAAAUAUUAAAAAAUGCCGUUAUCAGAAGAAUAUCCUGUCUACGGACCCUUCUUUGGAGUUAUGGGAGCUGCUGCAGCUGUUAUUUUUAGUUCCCUUGGUGCGGCCUAUGGCACGGCGAAAUCAGGCACAGGUAUAGCAGCCAUGUCUGUGAUGCGGCCAGAACUUAUCAUGAAGUCUAUCAUCCCUGUUGUCAUGGCCGGUAUCGUCGCUAUCUACGGACUUGUCGUUUCAAUUCUUAUAGCCAGCGGUCUUAGUUCGCCAUCGACUUAUUCAUUGUACAGAGGUUUUGUCCACCUUGGAGCCGGCUUAGCUGUCGGUUUCUCAGGAUUAGCUGCAGGUUUCGCCAUCGGCAUCGUGGGCGAUGCCGGUGUCCGAGGAACCGCUCAACAGCCAAGACUGUUCGUAGGUAUGAUCCUGAUCCUCAUCUUCGCCGAAGUAUUGGGUCUUUACGGUCUCAUCGUUGCCAUUUUCCUCUACACAAAAUAAAUUCUACCGCGAAAAUCGCAACAAAACACAUCAGUUGUCUCUUUCAUUAAUUAUCCCAUUCGUUCCCCCUUUGAUUCUUCCUUGUAUUUCUUCGCAUUCCCACUCUUCUUCACUCGCACAUAUUUACCACUAGAUACCCGCCCGCCCAGCCCCCUUAUUAUCGUUCCUGUUUCGUACUUUUAAUUUUCAUCGUCUAUAUAGUACUUUGUACAGAGAAAAUACGAUCGUUUUAAAGUAAUGUAUUUAGUAGUGGCAGGAAGUUUUUCUAUCACUUUUUAAUUUAAAAAAAAAAAAAACAAUAUCCAGAUUUGUAAACAUUUGUAAAAAGCAAGAGCUUUCGUGAAGACGACUGAUCAGAACGAUCGUCAACUAGAAGCAAAACCAUUGUGAUACGUGACUAAUUCGCCAGUCUUGUUCACAAAAGUAACAACUUCUAAUUAUUGAUCAAUUAAUUAAUUGUAUAGUCGUAGUGUACAUUAGUUUUACUUUCUUCUUGAAGGCAAAGAGAGGAAGAGAGAGAGACACUCGUCCGAGUGAUAUACAUAUAUAAUAUGAUAAGGUUAUUGAAAUAAAAACUGUGAAAAUAGCACAACUACUUUUUAAUUUUUAAACAUGCAGUUAUUAGAGAAUGGAGAAGAACGGCUUAUUGCUCUGUCGAUCGAUACUGUUAUACAAAAAAAAAAAUUA